UCCAGAUUAAUAUUUUGAACCGUUGGGAUGUGUUGAACAACUGACUAGCAAAUAAAGAGUAGUCCUUGAAAAAAUUUGAAUUUGCAAUGAAAAUUUAGACGUCUCUUGGAAAUUUUUUUUUUUUUUCCUGAAUAGUUUUAUUCACUAAUGCUUAUUUAGGUUUGGAAAUGAAUCCAUUUUAUUUAUUUUAUUUUUGUUUGUGCAUAACUGAGUACUAAUGUCUCUCUUAAUGCUUGCUUACAACAAGGCUUAUUUUAUAAUGUGUUUCUGAAUGCUAUUUGAUUCAAUUUUCAUCCCACACCCAAACACUAAAAUAUACUCAAUUUUCCCAUUUUGUCCAGAUUUGAUCAUUGGUUGAACUGCAGUUCUUGCAAGAGCACAUACUAACUAGUCUUUAAACAGAUGGAGACUCAGAUUACGAACAAUCAAGUGCCAUAUAAAGAUGAGAAUAAGAGGAAAGCAGUGAAGAAAUACCUACUCGUGUUGAACUGCACAUUGUUAGCUCUAGGCAACUGCGGUGCUCCACUUUUGAUGCGUUUUUACUUUUUGAAAGGCGGAAAGAGCAUUUGGCUUUCAAGCUGGUUAGAAACUGGUGGUUGGCCGUUCGUCUUACUUCCAAUCAUAGUUUCAUAUGUGUACCGUCAUAACAAGGAAGGCCCUGGGACUAAGCUCUUCUUUAUUUCACCUGUCCUCUUUCUUGCUUGUGCCAUUAUCGGCAUUCUCACCGGUUUAGAUGAUUAUCUGAAUGCCUAUGGUGUUUCCCUUCUCCCCAUCUCCACCUCAGCUCUUAUAUUUGCCACCCAGUUGGGCUUUACAGCCGGUUUUGCCUUUCUCCUGGUCAAGCAAAAGUUCACUGUUUUUACCAUCAAUGCGGUGUUUUUAUCGUCUGUUGGAGCAGUAGUGCUAGCAUUUCAUACAAAAACGGAUCGCCCAGCUCAUGAAUCCAAUAAGCAGUAUUUUGUGGGAUUCUUUAUGACACUUGGAUCAUCAGCAUUAUAUGGGUUUGUUCUACCACUGGUUGAGUUGACUUACAUGAAAUCCAAGCAGGUCAUCACUUAUUCUCUUGUCAUGGAGAUGCAGAUGAUUAUAUCCUUUUUUGCUACUGCUUUCUGCACCAUCGGGAUGCUUUUGAACCACGACUUCACGGCAAUUCCUGGAGAGGCAAGAGAGUAUGAGUUUGGGCCAACGACAUACUAUGUGAUUCUUGUGGCGACUGCAAUAUUUUGGCAAUUCUUCUUCAUGGGUGCAAUUGGAGUCAUUUUCUGUGCUUCGUCAUUGCUCUCCGGUAUUAUAAUUGCUACUCUCCUGCCGGUGACAGAGUCGUUGGCCGUUUUGUUCUACCAUGAGAGAUUUCAAAUUGAAAAAGGGCUCUCUCUCGCUUUGUCGCUCUGGGGUUUUCUCUCCUACUUCUACGGAGAGUUUCACGAAAGCAAGAAAAAGAAGCGGCAGACAUCAGAACUAGAGUUGCCUCAUUGACAGUCGUCCGCGAUCACAUUACUGAAGAAUUAUACAUCUGCAUUAGGAGGUAUUGAAUAAAAAAUAUGCAUGUUAUCUGUUUUCUCCUUUUAGUUUACACGAAUGAAAUUAAAAUUUCUGGUCUAGUUUAUGUUCACUGUUCUUGUAAAUUAUGGAUGCGUCAAUUAGCCUUAUAAUAUUUGGGAUACAAUGGUAUGUUGA